UAACCACAUUGUUAAUGGACUAAAUAAACGUCAGAGUAUUUAUCUAUAAAUGAAAUAUAGCUGUUUGUAAUGUUUUUAAGGACAGUGUUAUUUGAGUCAUGGUUGCCCAGAAUUAUAAAUAUAUGAAUCAGCAUACUAUUUCUCAGGAUUGUGAAUUUGAAAUGAGUUUGUUACAUCCCACAGGAAGAGAAUUUACUGAAUUACGUAAGAUAAAUUCAAGACAAUCAUAUGUUUUGUUUUUUAGCAAAAACGUUUGUAGAUUUUUGUCUGUUGUAGAAUAAGCCACAUUUGCAAAUAACAAAAUGUAAUUCCUUAAGUUUCACUACAAGUUAAUAAUUUUUAUGAAACAAUUACAACAUAUAACUUAAAAGUCACAGAAUAGAGCUGCUCAGUCAUGAAUCAUGAUGUUCAUUUUUAAGACAGUCCUGUAUGUUUACUGUUCUUUCUGAAAUUUCCUGUGGAAUUAUAGAAUAACCGUUUUUGAAUUAUGGGCAGUUUAUAAACAUAUUUACAAUUUAGCAUGCAAUGAAAAUUUACCCCAUCUAUUUCAAAAUGCAUGUUAUAGAUCAGGGGUUCUCAACUCCAGUCCUCAAGGUCUUUCCUGCAGAGUUUAGCUUCAACCUCGAUCAAACUCAAAGGUCUUGAUUAGCCUGUUUAGAUUAGUUUGAUUAGGACUGGAAACUCUGCAAGAUAUAAAGUCAAGUCCCUGUCCUGCUUUAUUUCUUUUUCAACAAUCCGUCUCAUCCGUUUCAGAUGUCACAAUAUGGAAGAAAAGAUCUGUUGCUACAGCCGUUUCAACUCAACUGUAAAUACAACUCCAGCAAUGUUAACCAAGAACCACAGAACUUUUGUACCCAUAAAUCCACAUCUGCUUUUCUUAAAAUAAUAAUAAUAAUAAUAAUAAAUAAAUAACAGCAGGAAGAUAUGGUAAUGCUAAUUUGCUUCUAAGUUUUUAAAACUGAAAAAAAAAAAAAAAAAAAAGUUUUCCAUGAUGAAAGCAAAAUGUCAAUGCUAAUGUUGAGGGAACCUAAGAUAUGAGGCAUAUCUUUUUCUUUAUAAUGAUUUAGACAUUUUGUGCUUUUAGAGAACAAAGAGCACAUACGUCAGACCUCCUCCAGUUCAUAAACAAAGAAAUUGACCAACUUAUCACCAAAAGGUAUAAUAAAAAAUUAUGAUCAUUUUGACUUUCUGAUUUUUUUUUUUUUGAAUUGAGAAAUAUAAACUCUUCUGACUUAUUUCUCAAAAUUAUGAGAAAAAGUAAGAAUUCUGGAAAAAAAAAAAAAAAUUUAUUCUGUGGCAGAAACAAGCUUCCAAUUGUUCGCUUGAGAUAAAAUAAUUAUCUCCAUGUUAACCUUUGCUGAACAGUGAAAUGUAUACAAUAUAGCAGGCAACAACAGUAGGCAAGUUGUACUAUUAGUAGUAGCGCAUUAUUUGUUGUAAGUGAACAGAAACAGAGUUUCUCACUGCUUUGAGGUCAAAUUGAUAAAGGCAAACAAAUCAAUGACUUAAAUGGAAGCAAAUUAAGGCCUUUAAAUAAUUCAAACACUUCCUACACAUUCACUUGUGCCAUUACCUUUGAAUGUGCAUGAGCGAGGAGAUACUGUAUCACUUAAAUGAUAAGAUUUUAUUGUCGUCAUAUACACAAACGCAAAAGUGUAUCUGCGUGGGUUCUUUCCUCUGUGCAUCUGCUCUGAAUGUUCGUUUAGUAGAGGUAUCAGUGCAGAAGAUGUAUUUAUGAAGGAUGGAGAUAGGAUGAGUGGAGGCACACUGUCCCUGUGAAGUCUGUUUACACUGAGUGGAGGACAUUAUGUUCAUUUAUCUUCAAUAUAUCAGCAGUCAGUCAGUUGCAGCGCUGGUGGAAGAAAACUGUGGGCCUCAGAGAAGGAUUUACAGGUGUCAGUGCAGUCACAACCUGACAGCAUGUCAAAGUGCUUCACCUGGAGGCCAUAUUGGUUUUUGUGGACCUGAUGCCUCUGUCAUGGAUUUCCACUGGAUGCUUUUAUGCUUUAUAUCAGUUAUGUUGUCAUUUUGUGUAAGCUGUAACUGCACAGAUGAAGAAACCGAGUCCUCAGGAGACCAGGCCAGCCGCUUGAGACACAUGUGGCAGCUCUCAAUGAAGGAUGCAAAUAUAAGAGAGAAAGCCAUAGAGGAGUCUAAUCCAGCUCAACAUCAGCUCCUGUACUGUCGUGUUGGGAUCGGUUUCCACCUACAGAUUGUGAUGAAUGGCAGCGUGUGGGGCGUUCACGAGCCUUCUGAGUACAGCUUGCUGAGGGUGUUUGCUGUCAGGCCAGGCAUAGUGGGUAUCCGUGGUGUGAAGUGCGAACGAUAUUUGUGCAUGAAUCAGGAAGGAAUUGCACAAGGAAUGAAGUUGUUCUCAAAUGAAUGCCUGUUUAAAGAGCGCAUGGAGGAAAACCAUUACAACACAUACUCCUCCAUAAGCACUGGGUAUUUCCUGGCAUUGUCCCAAAAAGGGCAGCUGAGGAAAGGCAAGAGGGUGGGCCGUCAUCAGACAUGCACUCAUUUUCUUCCUCGCAAACCAGUAUCUCAUUCCUAACUUUCCAGUUACUACAUGCAGUAUCAGCAUUUAGACAUGAAAUAUUCAGUGGGUGCUGUAAGCUCAUGAAUGAGACAUGGAAAGAGAUGCAUAUAUUGUCUCUAUUUAUGAGAAAUCACCCCUUUGACAGUUCCUAUAACAGCAGUGUAUGUGGUUGACCAUUUCAAAAUGUCGCUUCAAGCUUGAAAUGUCACAGAACUCUGAUGAAGAGUGAAUGUAGUCUGUGAAUAAUGCACAGCUGUCAGUUAUUUUUGACAUAUAGGCCUACUGCACAUUUUGUGUCUCAGAUUAACCAGAGCUACUCACUGCAUUUUUAUUUAUUUUGAAUGUUUAAAUUGAUAAAUGACCUACAAAUGUUGCAUCUUUAUCUGUAUUUGAUAUUUUCAUAAUUUGUAUGUAUAAUGAAUGUGUAAAUAUUUAUUUAUUUGUCUCUAAUGUGUGUAUAAUUUAAUUGUAAAUGGGAUCUAAAUACAUAGC